AUGCGUCGCGGCGUGCUGUAUGUCGACGGUCCCGCGACAGCACGGUGCAACAACGUGAUGUACGACAUGUUCAACCGGCGAUGCAGCCAUCGUGUCGUCCUCAGCAACAACAACCGCACCGCCACGCGCCACUACUCAGAGUACAAUUAUGGCUUGGUGUUCAGCGCCGAGCCGCUCAAGGAUGACGUGCUGUUCGAAGUCGUCAUUGAUAAGAAGGUGAUAACAUGGACUGGCAGUAUAGAAAUUGGAGUGUUAGAAUGCGAUCCAAACACCAUAGAACUGCCAUCCUGUGCCAUGAAUCUUCGUCAUGGAUCUUGGCUUAUGACUGGAUGUGCGAUAUUUCGUGAUGGAGAACAAGUUGUGGAAACAUAUGGGAUAGACCUUAAUGAUCUGGAGGUGGGACAUACUGUGGGAGUAAUGCGGACAUCAAAUCGCGAAUUGAUAUUCUAUGUCAAUGGUGUUUCACAAGGCAUUGCUGUCGCCAAUGUCCCAGAGGGACUUUUUGCCGUUGUUGAUAUGUACGGUGAUUGUGUACAAGUCAGUGUAACUCGUCCCAGACUUGCUACUGUGUCUAACGAACCGAAGGAGGAAGUUGAGAUUAAUAAUGAUCAUGCUAUUGGGGAAACCUCUAUUUCCUCGACAACAAGUCUAGUCGCUAAUUUAAGCGUUAAUUUAAGUGUCAAUGUGAAUGUUAAUUUACCGAAGAAUCCAAGUCCCGCCGCGAUAAGGGAGGACCGAUUAAAAUUUCAUGAGAGAGUUGGGUCACUGGUAAAACUGUCCAAUAACGCCAGGACCGCCGAGAGGCGGAGGCCGCUCGAUGAAUUCAACAAUGGUGUUGUGAUGACACACAGACCCUUACGAGAUAACGAAUUGUUCGAGAUACGAAUAGACAGGCUAGUCUACAAGUGGUCGGGAAGUAUAGAAGUUGGCGUCACUACUCAUAGUCCUACAGCAUUGGAGUUUCCAGCCACGAUGACCAAUAUGCGCUCCGGCACGACGAUGAUGUCUGGCUGCGGUAUUUUAACAAACGGCAAGGGCACACAACGUGAAUACGGAGAAUUUAAUCUGGACGAAUUGAGGGAAGGAGACCGGGUAGGAAUGAUUAGGCGGAACAACGGAAAUCUUCACUAUUUAAUAAAUGGUCUGGAUCAAGGAAUCGCUGCUAAAGUGCCCGCAGGUGUGUGGGGUGUGAUAGAUCUCUAUGGCAUGACCGUGAAAGUAACUAUCGUUGAUCGUGAUGAGAGGGAAGAACAGAAUCUAGUUACUAGAAGGAAUACACUACAGUUGCAGGGUCUAGACAGUGAAGACGCUGGAGAAGAAGAACCGCCUGAUAGAUUAAUGUUCCAUUUUUGUUGUGGCACACAUGCUGAUGUAAUCAACAAUGGUCGCACAGCGCAUAGGCCUAAUGCUAUAGACGAUUUUAACAACGGCGUCGUAUUGACCUCGAGACCGUUGAAGCCCAACGAGCUAUUCGAAGUCAGACUCGAUAAGAUCGUCACGAAAUGGGCCGGCUCCAUCGAGAUAGGUGUUACAACGCACUCGCCAACGGAACUGGAAUUUCCCUUUACCAUGACGAACGUCAGAUCUGGCACGUGGAUGAUGACUGGGAAUGGCGUGAUGCAUAACGGCACCACCAUGAUAGAUCAGUACGGACAAAAUCUGGACCGUUUGCAAGUCGGCGAUCGUGUAGGAGUGAUGAGAAAGGAUAACGCGAUGUUGCACUUCUUCGUGAACGGCGCCGACCAGGGAGUGGCUGCAAUGGGCGUGCCUGAGAAAGUAUACGGUGUGAUCGAUCUCUACGGACAGGCCGCUCAAGCUACCAUAGUCGACAAUGUGGAUUUUUACAGCCCGACCACGAACAAUUCGAGCUUCAGCAAUACGACGUUGUACAGUGAUCUACGGUUCCAUCAUGUCCAUGGUAGAAAUGCGAGAAUCACGAACAAUGGUCUGACGGCAUCCAGACCGCGAGCUUUAGGUGAAUUUAACGAAGCCAUCGUGAUUGCUAAUCGCGCUCUACGUGACGGUGAAUUGUUCGAGGUGACGAUAGACAAGAUGGUCGCUAGAUGGUCCGGUGCUAUCGAAGCAGGUGUUACUGUGAUAAGGCCCGACGAAUUGGAAUUCCCGUCUACAAUGACUGACAUUGAUCAUGACACAUGGAUGCUCUCUGGAUCGACGGUAAUGCGCGACGGAGUAACGUUACGGCAUAAUUAUGCCUGCGAUUUGGAUAAAUUAGUGGAGGGAAAUCGUAUUGGAAUGAUGCGGUGUUCGGAUUCAAGUUUACAUUAUUAUUUGGACGGAGUGGAUCAAGGUGUUGCUUGCACGGGUCUACCGGCGAAUGUUUACCCAGUAAUUGAUCUGUAUGGUCAAUGCGCUCAGGUGACGAUAGUAUUACCAGAACGCAGAGAUCCACUUACCCAACAAUACUUGCCAUCGGAGAACAGUACUAGUCAACAGCCGACUUCGGUCAUUCAACCUCAGGCGCAAACGGAGACACUGCACAAGUUCCACGAGUCAGUCGGACUGAAUAUACAAUUAAAUAGCGAUAGAACGGUGGCGACUAGGUGUAGGGAGUACAACAACGCCGUGCUGUUGAGCGAGACGGCGCUCGAGAAUAACGAGUUGUUUGAGAUCAACAUACAGGAGGUCGCGCGCGAAUGGAGCGGUUGUUUGAGGAUAGGCGUCUUGAGCAACGAGACAGGGAAUUGGCUGGCAUCAAUGAACCUCGUGCCUGGCAUGACAUCCAUUCCCAAUGACGCUUGGUACUUGACCGGCAACGAGGUGAGGCACUCCGGCUUUGUGUUGGCUUCCAACUAUUGUCCGAGUCUGGACUGGCUGCGGGUUGGCGAUAAGAUCGGUAUGAAACGAACGCACGAGGGUAACCUUAAAUUGUACGUAAAUGGUGAGGAUAUGGGCGUGGCGGCCUCUGACAUACCCGAGAUGGUGUACGCGGUGAUAGAACUGUUUGGUAGCACCGUGGCGGUGAAUAUUACCAGCAGUAAGCAGCAAAACACCGCGAUAUCGCCAAACGCUAGUCUGAGGCUGCAAGAUUCGCUGGAGCUGCUAUUGGAUCCGAUGCCGCCUGUGCUGAGGAACGACGCGGGAAUGGACACAUCGAUAGACGUGUCCGAGGGAAAGUUGAUAAACGACGUGACGCUCACGCCCACGCAAUCAUCCGCGGUCGUGCCAACCGGGGACGGAGAUUGGAAUUACGAGUUUCACGAGAAUCAUGGCAGGAACAUCCAGCUUGAGACAAAGACAAUCGCCAGAAGAGUGGCGAGUUACAAUCAGGGUGUGGUGAUGUCCAGUCGUCCGCUGAUCAAGGGUAAGCCGUUCCAAGUAAAGAUAGAGAGGCUGAAUGAACGUUGGGUAUCGAAUAUUCUCUGUGGCGUCUCUUGUAUCACACCGGAGAAAGCGACGAGCUUUCCGUUGACCGCGCUUGGUUUCAAGAGACACUCGUGGAUCAUCUGCAGCGACUGGAUAUCCCACAACGGAACGCGAGUAAAGACCAAAUAUGGCUCCAGUUUAGAGAACCUUCAGUGUAAUUCCAUCGUGGGUUUACUGAUCGAUGAAGACAGCCGGUUGCAUAUGUUCAUCAAUGGUGUGGAUCAAGGAGUAGCUGCGACCGAUUUGCCGGCGUACGUCUACGCGGUAUUCGAUUUGUACGGUCAAUGCGAGCAAGUGUCCAUCGCUGUGGUUGAUGAGGGGACCGCUUACGCGAACGUUGCUAUCGACAACGCACUCGUAGCUCCCAUAGAAUGUGGAAGCGUAGAAGUGGAGGACGUGGAGAAUUCGAGGGAAAAAGCCGACUUGGAGUGUCACGAGAAGGAGAACGCAAUGCCGACCACUUCGUCGGAUCUUUCUCCAUCUUCUACGUCGCCGAGCGUGCCGAGCCAGUACGCCAGCUCGACCACUAAGGACGGCAAUCUCGCCGAGUACUCGUCCUUUAGUAACGUCAAUCUCGCGGACAAUAGUAUGGAGAACAAACCGGCGUCAAGUGUCGACAGUAACAAUUCCGACUCAGGUUCGGAGCUGAGCAACGACACGCGCAGCGACAAGAACAAAACAGUGUACCCGGACAACGCCGAGAACAACCCGAGCGAGUCCAAUCACGAUGCGGGUAAUCGCGCGAUCGCCAGCGUCUUAAGUAUUAAGAAUGAAUGUACAAAUGUAGAGAUUAACAACGCGACUAACAUUAACAUUAAGAAUGGUAUGGUCGCCAGCGCCAGUAACAUGAGCAGCCUGAACGCGGCGAUCACCUCGACGAACGCCAACAACGCGAUUAACGAAAGCAUAGCGUCCAAUAGUCAAGUCAGUAGUAUAAGCACCGCGCAGCAGAACAAUCCGCCUACGGGCAACCAGAGCAUGAGCACGUCGCACAGCGGCACGUUUUCCUGCCAGAACGUCGCGCCGAACAACAUGACCGUUGCGAGCAGUCCCAACAACGGCGCCGGCUACUUGUGGUCGCGCACCGUGAGUCGCGACAACUCUUUCAUCGGCAACAUAUUUCCGAGCCAGAACACGACAGCGCCCUCGAUACCACUGAUGCCGUCGUUACCGUCCACUCCGCUCGGCUCGUCUGUCGCAUCGUCGAAGAAAUGCGAUUACCUGAAGGCGUGUAUGCAGCUGAAGAAGUCGCUCGUGCUACCGGACGAGUUUUUCUCCGCCGACGAAGUGAUGUGCUACUGCAGUGCUUGUUACAAGGUGGACGGCGAUAACGCAAUCUGCAAGAAGGGCGAGCCACCGGCGGAGUUCGCGAUACCGGUCGGCUGGGUCAGAUUUCCGUUGAAGCAGAGUAUCAACGCCAAUCAAAUCCCGCAGAGCACGACGGACAAAUGGCAUGUCGCGUUUUACGGCAUACGUUUGGACGCGAUAAGAUUGAUCUUAGACAGAGGAGAACUUAUGACCAAAGAGCAAUUAGAUAUGAGCAACUUGGCGAUGAGUAUAAAGAGUGAGGAUCAAAAUCCGCAAGUGUCGUUCUCGCCCAGCAUCAAGUAUGCGGCAUCUGACGAAUUUACCAGAAAAUAUCCAUAUAUCGAUACGCAAUCAAAUAAGAAGUUGAACGUAUCGACCGCAUUCCAAUUGCUAGUAAGGCCAGGCUCGUAUACGAUUAAUCCAGGUGACAAGGACAGCGCCGAUCUACACUGCGAGUCCAGCAAAUGGGCUACUAAGGAAGCCGGAGCCACGGUAAUUGUCGCUCUGCUCGUCCAUCUGGACGGAUUUUAGUUCACGACCGUGUUAACGAAAGUGUUGCGGGACCCGUUUCUUCUUCGUCAUGAAGAAGCAAGCCAUGCAACGGACUGUGAAUGAUAGUGUACAUACGUGCAUCGAACGUUAACAGGACUGUGGUAAGACUCCCGGGAUCGAUGUUUCAAUUCCGUCGAAAUAGCGUUGUACAUGUACGUUAGACUUGGCAAGUAAAUUUUCUUGCAUGCAUUUAGACGAUUGUUUCUCGAAUACCAAUUUGUGCGAUAGUGCAUUGAACGAGGUUUUAGUUACCUUCACGUUGUGUACAGUACAGAUCAUUGUGUGAUAGCUAUGUUGAUUUAUCGUUUGUGUAAGAAUAUACAUUCGAACUCUA